AUGUAUACAGAGAAGCUGAAUCUGAAUUCGGAAAACGAGAAGAUCACGAGUUUGGACUUCCAACCGUGUUCGACCGUCAACCGCUUGGCAAUUUCCAGUUUGCAUCAGAUAAAAAUAUAUCGUAUCCCUGUGUACGACACAAGUUCAAAGGGGAAGAUACACAUCGAGCUUCUGUUCAUUAGCAAUGACCACAACUUGGUGUACAUUAAUACGAUAAGGUGGAGUUUCAAUGGGCAAUACUUAGCCAGUUGCGAUAGCGGAGGAACAUUGGUAUGCUACGAAUUGAACUCUCAAAAAAAUGGAAAAGUAUCAGGAGAGGAAAUAAAAAACUUACCGAAGGAAGUAAGCACAAAAUACACAGUAGGAAAUAUCUCCACCCAAGGUAAUAGUAACAAUAGAGAAGAGUGGAAAAUUACGAGGUACAUCAAAAUCUUAGAGAGUGGAGAAAUUUUUGAUCUAGCUUGGUCAAGGGAUAAUGAACAUGUGGUAUGUGGAGUGUCCAAAGGUAUGGUAUACAUUUUUAACCUGAAGAAAUCCUAUAUUUCUCAUAAGCUCUUUGUUAAAGGAACGAGAGAAAACAUCAAGGGGGUAUCCUUUCAUCCAACUAACAACUGCAUUCUCGCACAGAGCAGUGAUAACAUCGUAUGUCUAUGGAGAAAAAUGAACAUUUACCCGGAGCAGAAAAAUUAUUUAUUAACAUGUGGUGGACAAGGUAAGAGGAGUUUCGAGAAAGAAGAAAAGGAAGAUACAUGUUCUCCUAAAUAUGAUUGCACAAAUACAAAUCAGGCAGGAGAGUUCACUCAGUCGCAAGGCAUCAACAGAGAGUAUUUUGAAUGCUUGUAUGAGGAGCAAAUGAACGAGACGAAUCAAAAUAUUGAUACCCCAACUAUUCGACACAUCUAUUUUGACACCUUCGGGAAGUAUGCUAGCAUCACACACAUUCCAAAUAAUGGGAGGAAUUGUGGAGUCCUUCUAAAAAUUAAUAAUAGCGACCAGAUAAACAGGAGGAGGUUGUUCCUCGAUGGGCACAGCAGUUGUAUUAGAGUCGCGAAAAUUGGGGACAAGGUUUUUAUAGAUCGGAAGAGGAAGAAAUUAUAUAGCUUGUAUUGCCAGUGCAGUGAUAAUGGAAUCAUUUCUCUCUGGAAAAUUUUCCUUAAAAGGGUUCAGUACUCUGGGAAAAUGCAUCCCCCCCAGGGGAAUCCUCACAUGGUUCAGGGUAGGCACCCCUCCGAAGUUGUCAAACAUCAACAUCAACAUCAACAGCAACAGAGUUACGGUACGCACAGUGAGCACCCUCCCGGUCGGAAAACGCACAAACUGAGUCGGAAAAAAAGAAAAAAAGUUAACAGGUAUGCUAAGUGCUUCCUAAUAAUACAGAGCCUCUUGGAGGAGCAAACCUGUGCAGUGGACGCAAGUUGGUCGAGUGCAUCUGAUCAACUCGUCAUUGGUGCAUCCAAUGGCUCCGUCUACAUCGUACAAAUAAACAUACGGGCCUUGAAGUUGAGACCAUUUUACAACCAAGUCUUCCUUGAAAUUAACGAAAUUACGUUAAAGUGCAACCGAGACCAUGCAACGGAUAUGGUACAACAGAACAACCCGAAAGUCAAGUCCGGAAAGGAUAUUGUAGAAAGGAAACCAAAGAACAGAAUAACCCCCAAAAUAAAGUACCUCUACGAUGAGCAUGGAAAUGUUGUGGAAAACACAAAGUCGCAUGAAAUUAUACACAUUUUACAGUGCACAGUUUGUAAUUACAACGUGGAUAUUCAUCCUUACUUUAGUGAUAGUUUGAAAUGGAAUUUUUUCUUAGAGGAUCCCAUUUCUGGAGAGAGAAAAUAUCGUAAUAGGACUGUCAGGUAUAUUUACGACUUUCCCUCCUUCAUGAGGUGGUUCAUUUGGAUAGUUGUCAAAUGCGUCGAGUUUGCACUGAGGGGAGUCCUCCCUCUGUGGGAGGCACUUGCGGCAGCCGCGGAAUCACAUCAGGAGGUUAGCAGUGAGGGAGGGCACAGUGGACAGAGCAAUUAUAGCGGGGGUGGUGGUAGGGUGAAUAAGGGGAUGAGCGGAUCUGUUAUGGGUAGUGGUGUGGGGGGGGAUGGGACGAUGUGCAGUGGCGGAGACGGGGACGACGAGGACGACGGGAAUGACAGGGAUCGGGGGAGGGGAAAUGGCCACAACAACGACGCCGGUGGGGACGACGACGACGAUGAUGAUAAGAAGGAGGAGGAGCAGGAAGGAGUUGACAUCGGAGAAGAUGAGGAAGAGAGAGAAUAUGUCGACAACGAUAAAGGCGGUAAAGAGGUCAUCCCCACGGGCAGGAACCUCAGCAUGGAUAGUAACCCCCGCGUAGAUAGUAACCCCCGCGUAGAUAGUAAUCCACCGUUUGGCAGUAACCCGCGCAGUAGCAACAGGCAGAGCAAAGGAAGAGGCGAAAAAAAUAAAAUAAAUAAAAUAAAAAGUACUAAAGAAAAAAAGACAAGGAGGAGAAGCAGCGUUGAAAAGAAAGGGAGGAAAUACACAGAAAGUCACUUGGAGCUGGGGCGUUACCUCACUAGUAAUGAAAAUCUGAGUAUCGUGAACGUAGAAUACGUUAAUGAGGACAAUGAAAAUAGUAACAAGUACAGCUACGACAACAAUCAUAUGUACAGUAAUAGACCUCGUCGAACAUCCUCCGGAUACUUGGCAAACGAGGAAGGAAGCAGGUCUUCCCCCAUGAAUUCACUCAAUGAUGAUGAGUCCAUGGAGGAGAGUAAUAAAAAUAUCGACUUGAAAAUUCUGGACAUUAUAAGAAACAACUACAAUAAGGAUAGCUAUGCUGCUACCACCAUACCCCUUUUGGAUGAAGAUUUCUGCGGACUCCCCCGAAUGGAAGACUGUGGAGGGAUGGACAGUUACGUGAACAAGGUGGAAGGGAAUUCGAGGUAUCCGGUGCAGAAGGAACGAGAAGGGAAUAUGCGCCUCUCAGAUUUAAAGGGUAAUGAAGACAGAAAGAAACGUAAAGUUAAGAAGGAGAGUUCCGGGGCCAACAGGAGGGACACCAAGGGGGGUGCCAAGGGGGAUGAAGGGAAGAAGAGAGUCAAGAGGGAGCGAAAGGAGGGUAUCAAGGAAAGCGCUAAAGAGGAUAGUAAGGAAGGCGUGAAGGAUGGGAAGAAAAGGCAGAAAAAAGGGAGAGCAACAGGGGUGGAAACGGUCAAGGGGGUUACGAACCAAACGGUUGAUGGACACUGUGACCGCCAAGUGGAGGAAGCCAACGCAGCAAGGACAGUGCUGUCAGAUCGACAGGCAGAACGUCCAGUGGAGCAAUCAAAAGGAGAGUAUUCUGAGAGGCCUUCAGAGGAAAAGAUUAUGGAGUCAACGGAACAGUUGAAUUGGGACCCGGCGGGAGAAAGGGCGGAGGUGGAAGGAGGGGAUUGUGCACCAACAUUUAGGAAGGAGACAAGGAGAGAGACAAGAAAAAAAAAACAAAAAGGAGGUGAAGACAAGGAAAUCGGGCACAUGGGAAAUUCAAUGGAGGAUAUCCAGAACGAGGAGAAGGGAGAGAAUUUGAGAGUGGAGGUACAGGAUAGAGUGUGGAGUGAAACGAGCGAAGCUAAGAAGGAGGCAAGAAGAGCGGCCAGAAGGGAAGCCAGAAGGGAGGCCAGAAGGGAAGCCAAGAGGGAGGCCAGAAAAGAGGCCGAAAAGUAUCCAAGCGAAAAUCCCAACAGGGAUCCCAAUGGGGAUCCCAACGGAGGUCUCAACGGAGGUCUCAACGGAGGUCCUAACGGAGAUGCCAACGAAGGUUUGAACGAAAGUCCCAGCGCGAAAAGAAAGAAGAGGCCUAAGAAACGCAGAACCGGCAAGGAUUCAGACAGGGAGUGGGAAAACUUCAAUCCUCAUGCAGAGUUGAGGUACGUGGAGGAAUCGCAGCUGGUGGCAAAGGUGCCACCCAGAGGAUGCAAGGAAAUUAUGGAUUCAUACAAUAUAAGAAAGAAGGAAAUACGUACAGGUAAAAAUAGAAGUGGCGAAUUUUAUUCUUCAAAUGAUGUUAACGUUGGAGAAUUGUCUAGAUCGAACCAGGCUAAAGGGAACUACACAAGUGAAGGGCUUGAGGACUGUAACAAUGAGGAACAGACAAACGUGACGCCGAAAUAUGGGAUGAAGAUUCAAGAGAGACAAUUCUCACAACCAUGUGAGAGCAUUAAGAAAGAUGGUGUAGUGAGGAGCUCAUGGCUAAAUGAUGGAGAACUGGUAUCCCGUGGAAGGAACAAUAAUAUGUGUGUACGUGAAGAUGAAUACAGUGAUGGCUACAACAGUGGCGGAGCGUAUAGUGGUGAAUGCGCUGAUGAGUACAUGGACGCGCGUAGCGGUGUACUUAAUGAUGACUAUAGAGACGGCCAGUUGGAGGAUGGUCAAUUUGGAGAGCCUAUUGGUAAGUCCUGUGAUACCCGUAGCAUCAGUAACCAGGAAAUGAAAACGAAGCAGAAGCGAAGCUUCGAAAGGAUGACUCCAUACAAUUCAUAUGAACGUAGGAAAAGAGAACAACCAAAAAAAAAAGGCAAACUGGAAGGAAAGGUUCUUUAUUCCAAUGGGAUUUUGGAUCAGAGGCUUCACAGUGCACCAGUUAAGACAAGCGUGGUAAACCGUGAGCAUGUUAUGCAAGGGGAUGACACAUGGGUGCGCGGUUCCUUGGGUGGUGUAGAUAGGGUGGACAGAGACAAAGUGAAGGAGCAUUUGGAAGAGGAAAUGCAUGUGAUUGCAGGGGGAGAGGAAGGAGACGAUGAGGAAGGAGAGGAGUCAGAUGUCGGCGAUUCUGAAGGGGAAGGAGUUAACGCUGGAGGGGCUACAAGAAUAAUGCACCUGGAGUCUCUUAAAGUGCAACAAAGCCCGAAGGAAACCGUUCCGAUGCAACAAUCAUCGAGGCGAACGCAGCUGUACGGAGAAGUGGACGGGACGCACAACUACACCGAGAGGAACGCCAAACGGGUUGGAGGAGAGGACUUGUUCGAAACGGAGGAGCAUUACGGUUGGCCUGAGAGGGAAGGCACAGACCAAGACGAGACAAAUCCCUACGGUGUAAAGAAGGAAAAUCAUGACGAAGAAAAUGAAAACAGAAACUAUCUAAGCGGGAACACAUUGAAGAGGUAUACAUUCGACACAGGAAACAACAGUAGUAGUAAGAGGAUCCCAACUGAGGGAUUGAAAAGAAUCAUCAGAGGGGGUGGGUCCUUCAAUAGGAAUUGCGAACAAGGGGAGAGGAGAUGCAUAAAUAGGUACACUUCAUCCGGAAGAGAGGAAGAUGCAUUCAUCAGCGACGAAAAAGGAAAGAACACUUACAAUAAUGCAAUGAAUAGAAGUAAUUGCAGCGUCGAUGAGCGAGUUGAUUUUGCACAGAGAGACAGAAACCAUACGGAUAAUAUUCACGUGGAGAAGUAUAAAAAUAAAAUAUUCUUCUUUGACAGUAGAACAGAAAAUUGUACCAUCUCUUGUAUGUUGGGGGAUGGCAUUACCAAUCCCAUCGACGAUGGUUGUCAUGUCAUGAGAAGAAGGAAACCCUUUUACCUAUUGUGGGAAGAUGAAGUGGUUGGAAAAUUCAUUAAACAAGCUCUCUUUGGUAACUACCUCUUCGUAGUAACAUCAGAAAAUGGGAUGUACAUACUUAACGUGUUUCAUAUAGAAAGUAGAUUGGUAUUAUAUAACUUUGUCUUUCCAUUGACAACAGACAUCUGUGAUAUUUGUAUCAUAAGGAGCUUGCACCUAGGGACGGAGACCUACACGUUCUUCUACCUUCAUGACUGUAAGAACAGAUACUACAUUUACCAACUAGUGAAUUAUUGCACCGUUUCCUUGUUGUAUGAAAUUGACACGUCUAAAAUCGGAGUCCAGGUGCAAAACAUGAAUAUCAAUCUCAUGGAGAGACUGACCAGGAGUGGUGCUACCCAGGGGGGGAUCAAGAAGAGGAAGAAAUGUCUGAGGAAUUUUGCCAGGCAUAUGCUAGCUAAACAGGGAAAGGGUAAUGUGGUUAGUGGAAAAAAGGGCAACCAUAAGAGGGGUCGCAUCAGAGGGGCAAAUAUCUUAAAUGGGUUGCUGAAGAAAUUCGAAAAGAAGAAGAAGAAGAAGAAGAAGAUGGUGAUGAAGAAGAUGACCAGAACGAAGACGAAGCCCAGAACGAAGGCGAAGCCCAGAACGAAGACUAUCCAGAGGGAGAAAAAGAAAGGAGAAAAAGGCGAAAAGGGCAUUAAGAAGCUAAUAAAAUAUAUGACCUUUUUUGAACACCCCAGUGAGAUUAAUAACGGAGAGGAUGAUCCAGAGAAGGUGAAUCUGAAGUGGAUGAAAUUCUCAGGUAACGUAGGGCGAAUAAAUAGGGAAAAUGCUUUGGGGGGAAUGAAGACUUACCCAUUUUACCUCGGGGGGGAAUAUCAGAUGGAGGCUAAGACCUACCAAGGAGGAGUAACCAUGAGGCGACUCGCAGGGGAGGGUGAUUACGAGCAUCAUGUGAGCAACGAUAUCGGUGAAGUGACUCUCCCUGUGGAGAACAAUAUAACCUUGGGAAGUAGCAACGUCUACUGUCAAGGAACCAAGUUGGAAGGAGAAAUGAAAAUGCCUUCUUCUCUCGUCCCCGCGAACGUAUCGAACCUGUGGACUCAUUACCCUGCUCACCUCUUAACAGAAGAUCAAGCAGAUGUAUAUUGCUUAGUGGGUGAUGAAAAUGGAAGGAACUGUCUGCACCCCACGAAGGGGAAAAGACACAUGGACGAUGUGUUCAACAGGAAUAUACAGGGAAGUGAUAUUUUGUAUGAUUCGAUAUACAGGAAGAAGAAUUUCCUAUACAGCUACAUGUGUAUUUUUGUAUACUUCAAAAAUGGGAUGAUAUUUCUGAUCCGAAGGAACUUGAUUGUUAAAGGGGGAGGGACCGGGGAUCACCAGAUUAGUAACCAUCCGAUUAUCAUCUCGCUAAGUGAGCAUCUACACCAUGAUGACGGGGUAACCCUGGCGACCCGUCUGGACAACCAGUACUACAACAAGUCGCUCUACUGUGAUGUACAGAUCGAGGAGGUGGACGAUGGUACGGUGAAUGCUAGCAUGGUGGAUGAUACAGCCGUCCAUGGUGCCGCUUUCCUCAGUCGAAACGCACAUGUCGCACGAGCGAACGCAUACAUCAGCACAUGCGAAAACCUUCACGCAAUACAGAAAGAGGGACUACGAAACCUCUACACGUACAGCAACUUUUUCAGCGUAUACGAUUUUGAUAUAAAAGAGCUACUCAAGGGAGAUGACAUCUUUGAGGAUGUGGGGACGACGAGGGGAAAGACGAAAAAGUUGUUGAAGGAGAAAAACAGAACUAAAGGUAAAGAUCUGCAGGGAGGAGGAGAAAAUAUUCAAGGGGAGAUACCCCAGGAGUACUUCUUCUCAGAUGAAAAGAAUGGUUCCACUGUCAACACAACAUCUGACCUAUCCCCAAACAUAAAUAUGGCCCAUCAGAUGUACUCCAUUGCGAAGAGAAAAAAUUGCCUUUUAAAAGAUAUCAAUGAAGGGGGUAUCAGGGUAAAUCAUUUAGCAAGCCCAGUACAGGGGGAACGAUUAAGGGAUCCUCCUUUGAAGGAAGCCAUGUUGGACACUGUGAUGUGGGGAGAGUCAACGCAAUUGGAGGGCAAAUGGAUGCAAACCCCUCAAUUGGGAAGUGAGAAGGUGCCAUGGGUGAGUCCCCAUAUGGAUGAGCCUAAUAGCCAUUUCCACGCACACAGCAGUCCAGCGACGAGACAUCACCUUCCCUGGGGGAAGUCCAAUGAGGAGGUGCCCAACGCGGUAACGGGGUUCCCAGAGGGGGAGGCGCAGUUCCUGUCUGUCGACGGGAGGAGCCGCAACGACGCAAGCAAUGAUGUCGGUAACCAUGUCGGUAACCAUGUCGGUAACGAUUUCGGUAACGAUGUCGGUAACGAUGUCGAUAACCAUGUCGGUAACCAUGUCGAUAACCAUGUCGAUAACCAUGUCGAUAACCAUGUCGAUAACCAUGUCGGCAAAGAUUUUAGUGAUGGGGAUUUCGCAGACUUCAUUGGUUCAGACUACGAAGACUGUAGUGAUGGUUACCUCGAAGACACCCCCACGGAAAAGAAAACCAAUGUCUACCUCCAGACAGUCAAGUUCCUACAGACGCAGAUGCGUUAUAGUAUCUUACUAAUGAACAGAAGGAUUUUUUUAAAAUAUCUACACGCUUAUCUGAAUCUGAUAAAGGAGUACGCAGACCUUCAGAGGAUUCAGCAGAUCUUCCUGUACUUCAUGCACACAACAUUGUACCACUCUCAAACCUUCCUAUCCGACUUACACAUAUUUUUAGAAACCAUGGACGAACCAUAUUGGCUAGAUACGAAUGCAUUACUCUCCAUGAAUGUACAUUUUUUCUUUUUGCUUGUAUUCAUUUAUGAUAACUAUUUACUUCCCAUAUAUAGGAAGGUGAGGAGGAGGAGGAAGGACGGGAUCCAGGUGAACCCGCGAUUGGAGCCCUUUCUCGUCUUCCUCAGGGAAUCGCGAAAUUGCAUAUAUCACGUCCAGAAGAUUUUCCAAAGAAACUUUCGUUACAUAGCGUCUUCGUGA